AUGCGUCACUCUCAUGUCCGAGAAUAUUCAAAAUCACAUGUAAAUCAGACAUUACCACCUGUCGGUAAUACUAAUACGGCGAAAGUGGACGUUGAGCAUGUACAGCCGUCUCAGUUGGCAACAGAAACGAUGCCGCCAUCGGCUUUGAAUCAAGAUGUUGGCGAUAGUAAAACUAGCCUGCCUCUACCAAACCCGGGGUUAUAUGAAGAUCUUCACAAAACAACAAGAGAGUUGUUCCCACAGGUGUUUGAAGGCGCCAAACUUGUGAUUUCUAAAGGCCUGAGCAGCCAUUUCCAGGUGAACCAUACCUUGGCUGUGGGUACCAAUACACCUUAUCUGUACCGGUUUGGCACUACGUACAUUGGCACAAAGCGCAUGUCACCGACAGAGGCUUUUCCUGUGUUGCUGGGCGACGCAGACACUUGCGGCAAUGUCAACGCACACUUUAUGCACGCAAUCACCGACAGAUUCCGGAUGAAGCUUCUUACCCAGUUUCAGCCAAGCAAGUGCGUCAACCAUCAGUUAUCGUUUGACUACAAGGGAGGUGACUACACACUGGCUCUGACGGCAGGAAACCUCGACCCAAUCAGUUUGACAGGCAUGCUGGUCUGCCACUACAUGCAGAGCGUCACCCAAAGUCUUUCUCUGGGCGCUGAAAUCAUGUACCAGAGGGGAUCCCACAUUCCUGAAGGCGAGGUUGGAGUCAUGUCUUUGGCCAGUCGUUGGGUCGGUCAGAGGUGGCAGCUGAGUGCAAAUGUCAGCCCGAUGACCGGGAACCUCCACGCCUGCAUGUACAAGAAGCUUCACGAGUGUUUGCAAGUUGGAACAGAGCUGGACAGCAACGUCAACACGCGUGAAAGCACUGGCACCGUGGUUUGUCAGCUGGACAUCCCUGUAGCCGACGUGACGUUGCGAGGACAAGUGGACAACAACUGGUUUGUGAGUGCGGUCCUGGAGAAGAAGCUGGCGUCUAUGCCGGUGACACUGUCCUUCAGCGGCUGUGUCAGCUGUGUCAAGAACUACUACCGUGUGGGAAUGGGGGUGAUCCUCGGCUGA